CCCAGCACAGUACACAAAUGAAAGUUUGUGCAUUCUCAAAAUGCCCUCCACAGCUGGUUUCAGGUUCGUCAAUUUUGCUACCAAAGCGGGAGCGAAAUUCAUCUACUUAUCAUUCCAUGCUCGUUAAUUAUUGCAGUAAUUAAUUUUAAGAAUAUAAUAUGACGUCUAAAGUUACCUUCAAGAUUACGCUAACAUCUGAUCCAAAGCUGCCAUUCAAAGUCCUCAAAGUACCAGAAGAGACACCUUUCACUGCUGUGUUAAAAUAUGCAGCUGAGGAAUUUAAAGUUGCCCCUGCUACAUCUGCUAUUAUAACAGAUGAUGGAGUUGGCAUCAAUCCACAACAAACUGCUGGUAAUGUCUUUUUGAAGCAUGGUUCAGAACUCAGGUUAAUACCAAGGGACAGAGUUGGACACACUAGUUGAUUUUAAUUAAGUUAUAAUAUAAUUUUUUAUAUAUAAUUAUAUACGUGUUUUAUAAUCCAUUCUUGUAUUUUCAAUUAAUUUGUUUCAUUUUUGGAAACAUUGUAUGUUAAGUAAAUCAAUUUAAAAAAAAAAUAUAUAUAUAUAUGAAACUAACAGAUUAAAAUAUAAUUUACAAUAAAAAAAUU